AAGUAAACUAAAUGAAGUUAAAGAAACUUGAAAAAUUUUAAUAAAGUCAAAGAAACUGAAUGAAAAUAAACAAAGUACUUGAAGACAAAAUUUGAAGUCAAGUUGAAGUAAUGAUAAAAAAUAAAAAUUAUUUAAUGAAGCAAAUUUUGUUAUUAGUUUUUAUGUUUCUCCAAGUUGAAUCAAGAGUUCAAGACCAAGUGUUUUACUGGCCAAUAAAACCAUUCAUAUUUAUAAAUAAUAAUAAUACACUAGACGGAAUCUUACCACUUUUGUAUAAACGAUUAGAAGAGUUAUGUAGUCCUCGCAAAAAACUUGCUGAAUUUUAUUUGGUAAACGAAACGUUUAAUCAAAAUAAGUUUUACAAAGGUUUAGAAAAAGCAUCUUUUGGCAUCCAAGGUUCACCAAAUAUAAAUAAUACAGUGUGGUACCCUUUAUUUUUCUGGCCGCAAAAUGAUUAUUUGUUUCCUUAUGACGUAAAAUACAACUUGUUUUUGUCUUCGCAAAUAUUGGUGUUGUUGCUAAUAAAAAAAAAAUAACAAUUACAAGUAAAAUUAUUGAAUCUAUCAAAAAAUGCUAUUCAAUUGCAUUGCAUGCUUUUGGUUUAACUUUGAUCUUUGCGGCACUAGUGUGGUUAACAGAAUGCAAAAAGAACAAAAAUUUCAACAAACUUUAUUUAAAAGGAUUUGGUACAAGUCUUUGGUGGGCAAUUGUUACUCUCGCAACAGUUGGAUACGGUGAUGUUGUUCCGGAAUCACUAGUUGGUCGAAUACUUUCCAUAUUUUGGAUGAUGAUAGGUGUGAUUCUUAUUUCUGGAAUGACAGGAACAUUUAGCUCAGUAAUGACAACUAAUUCUUUCUUGAGCAUACAAAACCAAAAGAUUGCAGCCGUAAACGAUUCUUUUGAUUUUCACAUGGCUCAGAAAAACUUUAACUCAAGUUUAAAACGAGUAUACGGCUCCUACGAAGAGGUUCUUCAAGAUGUGAAUUUAAAUAAAGUUGAAUAUGGAGUUAUCAACAUCGAUGUUUUGUUAAAUAUGAACUAUAAGGAAAGAUACAAAAAUGUUGUGCUCGUGCAAGUAUUAGACGCCAUUUCACCCGUUUUAAUAGCUUUUGGUAGUCAAACCAACGUGAUGGCUAAUUUAUAUCCACAUGAUACCAGCAAACCCGAUGUAGUUUUGGACUGUAUACAAAAAUUACAUUUUACAGAUAUCUUAAAAAAUUUACAAGAUUAUAACAGAAAGAUUCCAAUUAUAGAAACAGAAUCUGUACUAAACGUUGAUGAAUUUAUGAAAGUUAACUACAUACAAUAUUCUUUGAUAUCAAUUUUUUUAAUGGUCUUUACUUUUAUAAUUAAAGAUGUCAUUACAUUUGUCUAUAAUAAAUACAAGGGAGAAAAACAAACCAAAACAAAAGAUAAAAUCGUUCCAAUGGCUUUUCUUUUUAACAGUCAUUUAAACGAGGAAAAAAAUUUAACGUCUUUAAAUAAUGUUCAGGAAGAACUUACUUUAAUUAAAGAACAAUUAAUGAAGCUGAACAACGUUAUUUUGUCAAAAGAGUGUUGUCCAUGUUCAAAACAGCCCUAAAACAAGUGUUGUCCAUGUUCAAAACAGCCCUAAAAAGAGUGUUGUCUGUGUUCAAAACAGUCUUAAAAGGUACUUUAAAAUGUUCGUAAAAGUACAUUAUAAUCUUACGAUGAUUAAAAUUCUUCAACUUCAUCUUUAUUUAGUUUAAAGAAAAUAAAAGAGAGCAAAAAAAAUAUGCAAAAUAUAAAUAUUUUAUAUAA